UGGAAUUCUUACCCCACUUUCCUGGGCCUUGCGUCUUCCGUGAGUAAUGGCUCCGGACUCAGGUCCCUUUCCAGAAGGGCCGCUCUUAAAGCUGCUACCCGUAGACGCUAGGGACCGGGGCACCCAGCGCUGUCGCCUGGGCCCGGCGGCCCUCCGCGCCUUAGGCGCGCACCUGGGCUCAGCGGUGGAGAUCUCGCUGCCUGACGGCGGCUCCUGCCUCUGCACCGCCUGGCCGCGGCGGGAUGGAGCGGACGGCUUUGUGCAACUGGAUCCGCAGUGCGCGAGCCCGGGGGCGGCAGUGGGGGCGCCGGGGUCCCGGGGGAGUCUGAACCUGAGCCGACUCCGGUUAGUGCCCUGCCCGCCCCUUCGGCUCCUCGCCGUGUGGCCGGUGUUGCGGGAGCUGGCGGGCGUGUCUGGUGCCCCAAAUCCAGCCGCGGUGCUGGAGGCGGCGCAGGAGCUGCUGAGGAACCGUCCGGUCUCUCUGGGCCACGUGGUGGCCGCUCCUCCGGGCGCUCCCGGCCCGGUGGCCGCCCUGCACAUCGUCAGCGGGGCACCCAACCCGAAUCCGGCCGGGCUGGUCACCCCUCGCACCCACAUCAGUCUGAGCGGGCUACCUCCGUCGGAAGAGGAGCCGCAGCCCGAGGUGCCCCUGGGGGGCCUUUCCGAGGCGGCCGACUCGCUGCGGGAGCUCCUCGACUUGCCGCUCAGCUACCCCCGCGCCUUGGCCUCGCUGGGGCUAGAAGUGCCACGCGGGGUGCUCCUGGCUGGCCCCCCCGGAGUCGGCAAGACCCAGCUAGUGCGGGCCGUGGCCCGAAAGGCGGGCGCGGAGCUGCUGGCCGUGAGUGCCCCCACGCUGCAGGGCUCCCGGCCCGGGGAGACCGAGGAGAACGUGCGGCGGGUCUUCCAGCGCGCGCAGGAGCUGGCCAGCCGCAGGCCCACCCUUCUCUUCCUGGACGAGGUGGACGCCCUGUGUCCCCGGCGGGGCGGCCCACACCAAGCCCCCGAGAGCCGCGUGGUGGCCCAGGUGUUGACGCUGCUAGACGGCAUCAGUGGGGGCCGGGAGGUGGUGGUUGUGGGAGCCACCAACCGGCCGGACGCACUAGACCCAGCGCUGCGUAGACCUGGGAGAUUUGACCGAGAGAUUGUCAUUGGAACUCCCACACUUAGACAAAGAAAGGCGAUUCUACAAGUGAUUACCUCAAAGAUGCCCAUCUCCAGUCAAGUCGAUUUGAGCCUCCUUGCAGAAAUGACGGUUGGCUAUGUUGGUGCAGACCUGACUGCACUCUGUAGGGAGGCUGCCAUGCACGCUCUGCUUCAUAGUGAGAAGAACCAGGACAAUCCAAUGAUUGAUGAAACAGACUUCCUUGAAGCUUUUAAAAAGAUCCAGCCCUCAUCAUUUCGAAGUGUCAUUGGAAUGAUGGACAUCAAGCCUGUUGGCUGGGAGCAGAUUGGUGGCCUUGAAGAUGUAAAACUGAAGUUAAAACAGAGCAUUGAAUGGCCUCUGAAAUUCCCUCGGGAAUUUGUUAGGAUGGGCCUGACAGAGCCAAAGGGAGUUCUCCUGUAUGGUCCCCCUGGGUGUGCUAAAACCACCCUGGUGAGGGCCCUGGCCACGAGCUGUCAUUGCUCUUUUGUUUCAGUGAGCGGAGCUGAUCUCUUUUCACCUUUUGUUGGAGAUUCAGAAAAAAUCUUGUCUCAGGUAUUUCGACAAGCAAGAGCAAAUACUCCAGCAAUUGUGUUUUUGGAUGAAAUUGAUUCAAUCUUGGGCUCUCGAUCAAUCAGCAGAACAGGAUGUAAUGUUCAAGAACGUGUUCUUUCUGUUCUCCUAAAUGAAUUAGAUGGUGUUGGAUUGAAGACUAUAGAGAGAAGAGGAAGUAAAUCAGAUCAACAUGCAACAAAUAGACCUGAUGUGUUAGAUGAUGCCUUGUUACGGCCUGGAAGAUUAGACAAGAUUAUUUAUAUUCCACCUCCAGAUGAAAAGGGCAGGCUUUCUAUUCUGAAAGUCUGUACAAAAAACAUGCCAAUGGGGCCUGAUAUUUCCUUAGAAAACGUAGCAGCAGAUACCUGUUUUUUCUCUGGAGCUGAUCUUGGAAACCUCUGCAAAGAAGCCGCCUUGCUGGCUCUGCAAGAAAAUGGACUGGAAGCGACCACAGUGAAACAAGAGCACUUUCUAGAAUCACUUAAGACUGUAAAACCAUCCUUAAGUCACAAGGAUUUGACUUUAUAUAAAAACUUAUUUCAGAAACAAGGAUUUUCUAACUUAGAAGAUAUUUAAAAAUUAUUUUACAUACCUGCUUAAGGAUUAACUUAAAUGUGAACGUGCAUUAUAAUUUGCAGCUUCACACUUUGUGUGUGUUAUUUCCUAUAAAUAAAAAAACUUGUGCCUAAUAAGCUAAGAUUUCAUACUUACAGAAAAGUUAAAAGAAUAAUACAAAGAACUCUUAUAUACUCUUAACCCAGAUUCUCCAAUUUUUAACAUUUUCCUACAUUUGUCUCCUUUCUCUCUCUCCCUCCUCCCCACCACAGUAUUUUUCUGAACUAUUUAAAAGUAGAUUUUACACAUCAUGCCCCUUUAUCCCUUUAAUACUUCAGUGUACAUUUCUUAUAAAUGAGGUUAUUUUCUUACAUGACCACAGUGCAGUUAUCAAAUUCAAGAAAUUUAACAUUGAUACAACAUUUUAAUCUAUUGACAAUGAAUUUCAUCCAUUGUUCCAAUAGUAAUUGUUUUCCCAUUACAAGAUCCAGUUUAGGAGCAUACACUGCACUUAGUUGUCAUGUCUCUUUAGCCUCUUUGCCUUUUUUAAUCUGAAACAGUUCCUCAGUCUUUCUUGACCUUGACACUUUUGAAGCGUACAGACUAAGUAUUUUAUAGAACAGUUGGUUCCUAAUUAGUGUUUGUCUGAUGUGCAUCAUGAUAGGUUCAGGUUAUGCAUCACCAGUGGAGCAUAUGUAUGUGCUGUCAUGUCCUCAGAUCACAGCUGGAGGCACGUGACAUCUGCACAUUAUUGGUGAUGUUAAUUUUGAUCACUUGUUUAUGAUCUUGUCCAUCUUCUCCACUGUAUAGCUACUAGUUUUCCUUUUGUAAUUGUGAGUAGUUUUUAAGGAGAUAGGUUAUAUAUAAGUUUUUAUUUUCCUUUAUUAAAAGAGUAAUAAUGCUAGAAAAUGUAGAUAAACAUGAAGAAAACAUGUGGGUAUUUAACUUUCCAGUCCCUUACACAUGUGUAGAUAACUUUUUAAAACCAAAAGCAUGGUACUGUGUAGCUCUUGUUUUUCUCACCUAACAGUAUCUGGUAAGCAUCUUACUGAGCCUUUCUUCACUCUCAAGGUGCCAUACAGGGUGCAGGAGUGUUCGUGAAGGAGACAGACAUGGCACUGAUAGGGCAGCUGGGAGCGGAGACCUCCAACAAAUCAUGCAGUGUGAAUUAAACACAGGAGACGAGCUUCAAAGGAAGUAUAGGUACAGUCAGGACAUGGUGCGUGAACUAUAUGAAGUCAUAAAUGUCAAGCAGUUGGAAAGUUUUCUAUAUCUGACGGGAGCCAGUACUGUUAUUAAGCAAAACCUCACUAUUGGGGAACAAUUAAGGAAAAGGCCUGUCUUAUUUAUAGGUAUAAAAUGUAAUUCAGUUAAAAUUAUUCUAACAACCUGACUCUUGCUUUUGAGUAGUAGGGAAAAUACCUAGAAACUUUUUUAGAAUUCUGAAUAUUUUCAUUCAUGUUCUGUCCAUUAUUGAUUUCACAGGAAAAGGCAGCCAUUAGGCCUUUGCCAUCCCUAGGCCUGAACCCCUUAACUCAGAUUCUAGCUGUAUGCUCCUUGUUUUUUCCUAGAGAAAGUUUCUAGUGGUCAGCCAGGAAAUUUAGUACCCACACUUUGGUUAGAGGCUGAGUUUUUAUUUGAAAAUGUCUUUUUAAACUGUAACUUUGCAACAGAACUUUGGAAGCCUCCUGAGGACAAAAACCAUGUUUCUUCUCUCAUUGAAAUAAAUCAGUAAAU